AAUAUUCACCUGAUGAAGCAAAAGUUUUACGUGAUGGACAUUUAAGCAAACUUCAUGCUUCGGAACUUGUACCAGGUGACAUUAUUGAUGUCGCUGUAGGUGACAAAGUUCCGGCUGAUUGUCGAGUAUUAAAGGUUUAUUCAUCUGCUUUAAGAGUCGAUCAGGCUAUUUUUACGGGUGAAAGUGUUAGUGUUAAUAAGGACACUAAUCCAGUUAAAGACCGGCAGGCUGGAACCACUAUAGUACUUGGAAAGGCACGCGCCGUUAUUGUUAAAACUGGUGCAAAUACGGCUAUUGGUGAUAUUCAUGAAAAUAUUGCUAGUCAAAUAUCUGCUAAAACGCCUCUAAAAAUUAAAUUAGAUGAAUUUGGUGAACAAUUGGCAAAG